AUGCACUUUGGACAUUCGCUACUGGGACAAAUGCUGCUUAUACUUGGUGGAGACAUAGAAAUAAACCCUGGUGAUAGAGGACCUUCCUGUGGUAUAUGCUCAAAACCGGUAAGACAUACAGAAUUAAGCAUAUGCAAUGUUGCGAAUGUAAUGGGUUAUUUCACCUCAAGUGUUGUGAAAUUUCAAGCAAACACGAACAGCUUAUUAGUUCUCACCAUACUUGGCUUUGCCCUCAGUGUAACCAAUCAAAUUUUUGUCUGGGAUUCCCUAAGGCUACGGACAAUACUGUAUAUACGGCAAACAGAUACCACUUGCUUAACUUUUCUGGGGCCGUUGAGGCAAAUCCGUGUUUACAAACAACUAAUGGCACUUCGAAAAAUCAAAAUAGAAGCAAGAAACGCACUCAACCUAAACGGACUAAACAGACUAAAUUAACAUGCUUAUUGAUUAAUUGCCGAAGCCUUAAGAACAAAGUUAACGAACAUAAACCUGAUGUUGUUUUGGGGAACGAAUCUUGGCUUACACCAGAUAUUGCAAACUCUGAGAUAUUCCCGAACGAUUAUAAUGUCUUUAGAAAAGACAGACCCGAUGGUUAUGGGCGAGUCUUCCAGGCUAUUAAAAAGGACUUGAUAGUCACCCAACGAUUAGAACUUGACACAGAUUGGACACAAUGCCAGCUUGCAGACAAAAAGGCAAAAUCUAUUUUGUUCGGGUCGUUAUAUCGCCCAAAUGCACACGACAUAAAAAGCCUACAUGUACUCGACAAUUCUCUCUCAGCCCUAGGAGAUAAAUUACAUCGACACAACGUAGUAUUAGCUGGUGAUUUCAAUGCCCCCAACAUCUUAUGGGAAAACCAACAAAUCACAGGGAAUAUUUCUACCUCAGAGUUGCUGCUUGAAAUUGUCGACAAACACGACCUGUGUCAGCUUGUGAGGGAACCGACACGUAAACAGCUUCAAACACAAAAUAUUUUAGACCUCGUCUUAGCUAACAAUAGAAAUAAUAUUAGCGACAUCGAAGUAAUCCCCGGUAUAAGCGACCAUGAUAUUGUGCGUUUUUUAAUUAACUCUCGCUGUAGAAGGAAACCAAACGUUAAACGGAAAGUAUAUAUUCGAAAGAAAGCGGACUCAGAUCGUAUUAGGAAAGAGUUGCAAGCGUUACCGAAAACUUCGACAAAGCAUGUGAGGGAAAAUCCCUAAAUGAUAAAUGGGACGAGUUUGAAUUAACAAUGCGACAUAUAAUUGAUAAUUGUGUGCCGCACAAAACCACCAGUUCACGGCACAAUCUUCCAUGGUUCACGCGAUCCUUAAGACGUCAAACUCGUCGAAAACAAAGGCUAUACAACAAAGCAAAGAAGUCAGGAAAUGAAUCCCACUGGGCAAAGUUUAGAGAAUCCAAAUGAAAAGUACAUUCAGACUUGAAAGCUGCUAGGUAAAAUUAUGUUAGUAAUUUUCUUGGAGAGUCAAUAAAAGAAAGCCCCAAGAGAUUUUGGUCGUACGUUAAGAAAUUAAAUAAAGAUGAUGUCGGUAUAUCGGACUUUGAGAUUAAUGGAGAGUCCAUAAGUGAUAGAAAGCAUAAAUCAGAACUUUUAAGUGAACAUUUCUCGAGUGUUUUUACCCAUGAAAAUAUUAGUAAUAUGCCAAAAAUACCCGAAAAUUCAAAUCCUAGUAUUAAUCCCCCAAUUAUUUCUGCCCGAGGGGUUGUUGCCCAACUAUCUGUGUUAAAACCCGAUAAAGCACCUGGACCAGAUGAAAUUCCCUUGUGGUUUAUGAAGGAAUAUGCAAACAAAAUUGCCCCCACACUUACAAAGAUAUUCCAGGAGUCUAUAGACAUUGGUGUCGUACCAAAGAAAUGGAAAAAUGCAAAUGUCACGGCAAUUUUUAAGAAAGGCUCUAAAUCCGACCCUAAGAACUAUAGACCAAUUUCGUUGACCUGUAUCGCUAGCAAGGUGCUCUAGCAUAUUGUGCAUAGCCACAUAUAUUUCGACCGAUAUAACAUCUUAACUGAUUUACAGCAUGGUUUUAGGGCCAAAAGGUCGACUGUAACUCAAUUGAUUGGUACUAUCCACGAUAUUUCAAGUGCUAUUAACAAUGAUUCCACUGUACAUGCUGUCAUUCUGGACUUUGAAAAAGCGUUCGACAAAGUCCCACAUCAACGCCUGUUGAGAAAAUUACAAAGUUACGGAAUACAAGGGCCCCUGAAUAAUUGGCUUGAAUCAUUUCUCACGGAUCGUUAUCAGACAGUUGUUUGUGAAGGGGAAGCAGCCAAACCAACAUCGGUAACCUCGGGCGUCCCACAAGGAACUGUUUUGGGACCGUUAUUGUUCCUUUUGUACAUCAACGAUUUGCCAAAUGCACUGAAUUCUAGUGUUCGAUUGUUUGCAGACGACACGCUUUUGUACGGCCUAAUCUCGGGAAGCUCAAACAGUGAUGAAUUGCAGGAUGAUCUUAGCAAGUUGGAAACCUGGCAGGAGAAAUGGCAAAUGAAGUUCAAUCCAGGGAAAUGUAAAGUGUUAUGCAUAUCAAGACCCUCCGCAAAGGAAAUAUUCUUUCUGUAA